AUGGAGAGUAAUCAAUUACCAAUUCAAAUAAUUAUCCGUGAAGGACUUCUUACUCAAAUACUACAAUAUUUGCCAAUUGAUGAUGUGAUUAAUUUUAGCGAAGCGUAUCCUAGAUUGAAUUCUGAUUAUUUUGCGUCUUAUCUUUUCUGUAAACAACAUAAGCUUUCAGGAUCAAUUUCUAAGCACUUAUCAUUAAAAAAUAGAUCAUGGAAAACUUUAUGCUCAUUGAAAGCUGAACUUAACACGGAUAAUAAGUUUAUUCCUAAUGUUAAUUCUAAUAGAUUUGGGCUGAGCAUUGAAGGUAAUGUUAUUAUCAAUACAAAUACGACAAAUGAUAGAAGAAAUACUAUUAUUGCAAAAAACCCAUUUUCACUAGAAAAUCGUUGGUUCACAUUUCCUAUUUUGUUACACCAAUACAUCCUUUUACAAACACCAGUCUUUUAUUAUGAGGUAACAAUCCUACCAACUCCUUCAACACAUGUUGUAGAAGAAUUUGUUGUUUCUAUUGGUCUUGUCAAUGAAAGAACAUACCCUGAAGACAAACAAGUUGGAUGGGAAAAUGGAGGAAUAGGAGUUCAUUCAGACGAUGGUAAAUUAUUUCAUCAAAAUGGUUCUGGCGUUAAUUUUACAGAACCAUUUAAUUCAGGAGAAACUCUUGGGGUUGGUUUUAUACCAAGGAGUUAUCAAGUUUUCUUUACAAAGAAUGGUAAAAAGAUUAAAAAUUCAAUUACAGUGAAAUAUCAAAAAAUGUAUCCUGCAUUAGGAUUUUCUACUGCGUAUGCUGUUGAAGUUAAUUUUGGUCAAAAACCAUUUAUAUUUGAUUUGUUAGAAGAAAUUAACAAAAUAUAA